AUGCAAUACACUAUCCGUUAUCACCAAACGGUUGAGACUUAUUGCGAUGUGGUGUUCCUACCGUGCGGUCACGUGUGCACCUGUAGCUCGUGCUCGCUGUUAAUAAGCGCCUGUCCCUUAUGCCGGGUGGCGGUCGACGAUAAGCUGUGGCGGCACUUAUGUGUACAGAUCGGCAUAAAUGUGUUUCCCAAACCUCAAGUAGACUGUAUCGGCCAUAAACACGGCGAACACCUCUACACCGCUAUCUAA